GCUCGCUCAGAACAUUCUCAAUUAGUUUCAAUCUCGGCUGGCUCUCUUCUCUGGCGCACGCUCUAUCGUACUCCCGCUGCUACUCGACGGUUUCCACGCGAAUCGCGAUACGACGAAGUGAUAAAACGUCGACCUUACCGUCGCAGUGCUACGAACAAGAUCAUAUCAACAAGUUUCAAGAACUAUAUACUACGUUUUGAUGCUUCUCUGGUGUGUCAAGGUACCUCCUUCUUAAAGAUGUAACAUCAAGUAUUAAAGGUGUAGCUUGUGAUCAGUGACUAGUUACUAGUUUGCAAAAUCUCAAGUGUCAGUGUCUUUGAAGAACUUUGAAUAUUUCUCUUAAAGCAAUUAGACCGUUUUGAAAUAAUCAGUGUUGAACAGUGGAGGGCUUGCCCGCCUAUUGGGAGGACCUAGCCGUGCAGCAUAGUGUAAAUGCAGCUGCAACGGCCAACAUUUUUAUGAAUUACGACCUGGACAAGUCAAGGAUGGUCUCGCACGUCAUUCCUGUCGCUGGGGAACUGCAGCAGGGUAAUGGAAGUUUGGGAGUCGCUGGAUUGGGCGGGAUGCAGGAGUCCUCUCAUUCAUUGAAAAUCAAGCAGGAGCCUUUUCAAGUAUCUCCACCGUCACCCCUUCCACCUCUACAUCAAGUGAGCAGCUUUGUGUCAGAGAUGCAAAAUGGUUGCAUCGGUGUCGCGUCGAAAGAACUGGACUCCGUGAGUCUCGCCAGAGGCUUGACGUCACACCAUGCCUCUCUAACUCAUCAUCACUCGCAUCAUAGUCUGCACAGUCCGAAUUCCGCAGUGUCCAUGCACUCCACAGGUUCCACUCAUCAUCACCUUGAUGAAAAAGGGUCAUCUCCAACUGGAGGUCUUCACAGUACCACUAACAGUAAUCCAUCGACACCGUCAGCACCCUCUACGCCUACCACAGUGGCAGAUGGGUCCUCUUCUGCGACUGGAACCGGAAAUGGAAACGGUAGCAACAACGACUCGGCUAGCAAGAAGCCUCCAUUUAGCUACGUUGCUCUAAUUGCCAUGGCCAUUCAGCACAGUACUCAAAAAAGGGCGACCUUGAGUGAAAUAUACGCCUACAUCACUGCCAGGUUUCCCUACUUCCAAAAAAAUAAGAAAGGCUGGCAGAACUCGAUUAGGCAUAAUUUGUCAUUGAACGAGUGUUUCGUGAAGGUACCACGUGAUGGUGGUGGAGAAAGAAAGGGAAAUUUCUGGACUGUUGAUCCUCAAUACGCGGACAUGUUUGAAAAUGGUAACUACAGAAGGCGUAGACGCAUGAAGCGACCAUAUAGGAAUGCACCGUAUCAUAAACCGCUAUUUGGCGAUCCUUUCUCUCCUACACAUGUCCAUCUUGGUCCCAGGAACUUGUUUGGCCACUCACCGCCGUCCUAUGCUCCGUCUACCUACACCAGAUAUGACACCAGUGCUUGGAGUCUUCAACAAUCUCAGCUAUCGUAUAGCCACUGUCAAACACUUCAGCCACAGUUGCAACCAAUGCAAUCUAUGCAGAUUCCAACCAUGAACGGUUAUAGUCAAUUAGGCACCUCGUUAGCGUUUCAAGGCAAUUAUUUGGAUGUUCCAGGUGGAACCACAAGUUCCCCGGGUUCAAUGGGAAGUGGUUCCUUUGGCAGCAGUUUCGCUAGAAGGCAUGAUGCCGCUAUGACUCAAGAAACUGUGCCUGCAAGGUGCUAUUGGCCUGAAAUGGUAAAUGUGAAGGAGGAACCGGGAACCGUGGCAGUAUCUAGCACUAGCGUGGGGGGAGUGGGUGUUCCUACAGGAAUGAUGGGAUCUACUACUCCAACAGGAGUUUCUGCAACGGGAUUUGCGCCUAUGGAGUUUCAAUCGCGAUCUAAGUGCUUUAUGUGAAUUAAUUUGUCAUUUACACUAUUGUCACAAGCCGAGAAAAUCACACCAAGUCCUGAAAGAUCAUUCUGCGUCGUUUAAUCGAGGUUAACUAGAUUGAUCUUUGUUUGGACAUGGUGGCAAGCGAGGAAAGUGGAUUAUUGCAGUGUUUCCUUUUACGAGGAAAUUUUUUGGGACCUAUGGAGCCACUGGAGAGAAAUUGAGCUGGUUUUCUACAGUGAUAAUUCUAGACCAGUAGAGCGUGAAAAGUCUCUUCCACUUAAAACGAUAAACACUAUACCCUUGUCCUCGUGUGUUUUCGACUGCUACACAGUAUUCGAUAUUUAAGCGAGAUAAGAGAUCAGUUCAUACUUCAUGAAUUGGUUUUCUAAAGAAAAGAAACGAAUCUGCGAGGAACAGAUUUGGAGUUAACAAUUAACCCGUAGUUUAAGGAGCAUUCGUGAGAUAGGAAAGCACUCAAAGAUGCUUUUGGUGAACUUACCGAUGUACGAAUUGUAAUAAGCUUGGAAUAUGUUGCUGAGGGUCUCAUUUUGAGCAAUUUUUUCUGUGGACGUAAUUAGUACU